AUGGGGAGUACUGAAAGUAAUAAAAUGGAGUUUGACUUCGCCUCGACUGCUCAUGAUGAUGUUCUUCUUCCAGUGUCUUCUACUUCUUCAUCUUUCAUCAGAGACGUCUCCUACAGCUGUGGCUCCUGUGGAUAUGAACUAAACCUUAAUUCCUGCAACCGCAAUAUCUCAGCUAUGGAUUCAAAAUAUGGGAAAUCCAUGAAGAGAGGAGUUAUUUCAUUCUUUUCAAUCGAUGAAAGCAGAUUUACUCAGAUAAAUAAACUUCAAUUGCUACCUUACUUCACAUCCAAGAGCUCGUGGAGAUUAUUUCGACGGAGAACCAAAUUACUCUGUCGAAAUUGUGGAAACUACAUUGGUACUGUCUCUCCCUUUCAGUUGGUCAAGUCUAAUCCUGAAACUUGGGAUGGAAUCUCUGCUUGUAGAACCUAUGAUAUCAAGAUAUGUUCUUUAAGGCCACUGUCCUCUGAGGAAUCCAGUAUCUUUAUCUGA